CUUAGAUCCAUAUGAGCAAGACGACUCCUUAAUCAAUGUCUUUACAUACGUUUGCCCGUACGUAUCACAAAGCAAUGCUGAAACCAGGGUCUGUGCGGAAAAGAUCAAAAUUGCCACCUUUCACAUAUCUUGACGUCAUAGUAAGCUCGCUUCCAAACGUCCCAAUCCGCGCGAUAGUACCGCUUACAAGAUAUUAUGUGCACCGCUGAAUAUACUUAAGAUCACUCAGUUUCUUCCCGUCUUUUCCAUUGGAAAAUGAUUACGAAAUUUCUCCCGUUUGAUUUCAAAAAAUUCAGUGAAACGUUUCCGUGGAGAUAACAUUAACCGCAAGUGUUCCGCGUUGCCGUGGAGUCAAUUUUUUCCGUGGAGUAUGAAUAAACUGGUUAUUUAAAGCAAGUUUUGCACGACCAACCAUCCCCACACUCACAGCUCUAAAGAAUUACACACAUUCACACAAUGCUCCGUUCUGCAAACAAGGCCAAAGGCAACAUUUCAUCCGUUUUCGCACAUCUCGGCGCUUCUACGCCUGAAAUAGAUCCCCGGUUUCUGGAACUCAAAAAGCAAAUUGCUCCCAAAAACCCAGAUGUCCUUCGCAAGGCUUUCGAUAGAGUGCUGAACGCCAUGGAAAUUGAAUCUCAAACGAUCCGUCAGCGUGGUUCCGCCGUUAUCCCAGAAGUAACCAUGGAAGAUAUCAAGGCCAAUGGCGGCCGCCUGCCUUCCAAGCUGAUCCCUGAAGUCAAGAAACGUGGUGCUGUGGUGGUUCGCAAUAUCGUUGAUCGUGCCGUCGCUGCUGAAUACAAGUCAUCCAUCCAAGAUUAUAUCCAGCGCCAUCCCGGAAUUGCUGGCUUCCCCGAAGAUAACCCGCAGGUUUGGGAGGUUUACUGGUCUCAGGCCCAAGUGAAAGCUCGUAGCCAUCCAAAUUUCACCGCAACAGCUGUUGCCCUGAACCAUCUCUGGCAUGGCGACAAGAAAGCACCCAUCAACCUGGACAGCAACUUGGUGUAUUGUGAUCGAAUGCGUAUUCGUCAACCAGGCGAUGGCAAGUUUACGCUUGCGGGUCACAUAGAUGGUGGAUCGUUGGAACGUUGGGAAGAUCCGGAAUAUCGCCGCUGUUAUACCAAGAUUCUGGAAGGCAAAUGGGAAGAGUAUGAUCCUUAUGACGUGACACAUCGUAUUGAAGCAAACAUGGACCUUUAUGAUGCACCUGGUGGCUGCUCCAUGUUCCGCAUCUUCCAAGGUUGGCUGGCCAUUUCCAAGAUCACUCCUGGCGGUGGUACCCUCAGAGUUUGCCCAUUGGUCAAGGAACCCACAGCCUAUUUCAUGAUGAAGCCUUUGCUAGAGGAGAGCAUGGGUACUAGCAAUUUUAUGGGUGCAUGGCCUGGGCGUUGCCAAGAUAUCACAACUGAAGAUCACCCACAUAUUGUGGAUUCCAUGGUUUCUGUUCCCGAGGUCGAUUGUGGUGACGGCGUGUUCUGGCAUUGCGAUCAAAUCCACGCAGUCGAGCCUAAGCAGACCAUGAAGACCGAUUCUUCCGUCUUGUAUAUUCCCUCAACCCCAAUGUGUCCUCGUAGCUCUGAUUAUUUGCGACGCCAGCGUGCUGCCUUUGAACAGGGGCUUACGCCACCAGAUUUCCCUGCAAAUGAUUGUGAAGAACACUUUGAUGACAGAGCCACGCCUGCCAUGUUGACCGAGGAGCAAAAGUUGGGUAUGGGCUUUGCACCCUUUUCUGAAACGGAUGGUAUGAGCGAAGGCCAACUCCAAGCUAUCCGGGAUCACAACCGUAGCAUUUCCCAAUAAAUGGUGUUAAUCCAUCUGUAUAAUAAAAACAACCUGUAUUAUAAUUAAAAAUAGUAAACAAUUCGUAAUUUUCUUCGUUCCUUCAUGUUGAUAAGAAAG